AUGGUGAACGCGCUGACGGGCGGGUCGACGCAAGACGCUCUCCGCGGCAGCAAGCUGCCGCGCAGCGAGGGGCGCGGAUUCGCCGCCAUGGCCCGCGUGGUGGUCGCCGCCGGCAGUGCUGCUGCGGCGCUCAUGCUGCUUGCACCGAGAGUGGCGCAGUGGGCGCGAGCAGCGCGGCCGGCGCAAGGCCGGCUAAACCCUACGCGCGCACUGCACGCCGCCGCCGGCACUGCCGGCAGGGACGGCGGCAAACGAGGGCUGGCCACCCAGAGCAGUGACGAGGAGGGUAGGGCGGGGCGGCAGCUGGAAAGUGGGGAGCGGGAGCAGAGGUCGAGGGAGCGGCAGGGAGAAGGGGCAGCAGCAGCAACAGGGGGAGAAGUGGGGGAUGUGGAGAGGUCGGGCAUGGAGGGCGGUGGAGGGGAAGGGCCAGUGGCGGCGCCGGGACCGAUGGAGAUGCUGGCGCGCGGGGUGGCGUGCAUCCAGGCGAACCUGGGCCCGUGGUCCGUGUCCGACCUAACCCUCGGCCUCACCGUCAUGGCCAAGGUGACGGCAAAGCGCCCCCCUCCCCCACCGCGUGGGCGAGUGGUGGCGCCUGCGGAGGCGGGUGUGGCGCGCCUGGUGGAGCUGCAGCGCCUGAGGGCGCACGCCGAGGCCGUGUACUCGGGGGACAUCGCCUCCUGGUCGCUGCAGACGUGUCUGCCGGAGUCGGCCAUAGUGCAUGCGCAGUGGCAGCCGCACAACCAGCGGGUGCGCCCGGCGUUUGUGGUGUGCGUGGACGCGCAGCUGGGGGCCGUGGUGGUGGCUGUCAGAGGCACCUCCGACACCGCUGACAUGCUCGUCAAUGCCGGCACCUUUCCACACGAUUUCCUGGGCGGCAAAGUGCACAGUGGCUUUCUGCACGCCUCGACACAUUUGCUCCAUGAGGCCCGGGACCACAUCGAGCACGCACUGCGCACGUGGCAUGGCAUGCCGGUGCGGCGCCUUGUGUUUGUGGGGCACAGCCUGGGCGCGGCUGUGGCCAUCUUGGCAGGCAUGAUGCUGCGGCAUGAGAACAACCGCCUGCACGCGCACCCUCAUGCACAGGGCAGCGCAGGUCAUGGCGAGGCAUCAAGAGAGAGCAUGCAUGCUGUGACAGGUGCCAACCACUCUCAUGCUGCUCCCGCCAAGCGUGGUGGUAGGCGUGGUGGCAGGGGGCGGAGGUCGGAAGGGCGGCAGCAGGAGAGGAGGUGGGGGGACAGGGAGUCAGAGGAGCUGCAGGAGGCAGCGGCGGAAGCAGUGGUGGGAGCAGGGAGGGGGUUGGAUGGUGUGGAGGUGCAGUGUGUGGGGUACGGUCCGCCUGCAUGCAUGACUUUGGACUUGGCCCAGCAGUGCACCUCCUUUGUCACCUGUGUGCUACUGCAGCACGACUUAGUGCCUCGGUAUGUGCAUCUCUUGCCCAUACGCCUCUACUAUAUGGUUUCCCACACGCGCCUGCUUGUCCGUGUGUGCCUCCCAUCCCAUGCCCUCGUCCGCCCCACCCCUGCCUCCUAUGGACCCCUGUUUGCCACUGGCAGGUUCUCUCUGGCCAGUGUGGAGUUGCUGCGGCAGGCCAUCGGCACGUUUGACUGGGACCAUGCGGAGGCUGUGCUGGGGUGGCAUGACGAGGACUGGCAGCGCGUCAAGGCGGCCAGGGACCUGCUCACGCGCCUCAAGGACCUGCAGAGCACCGCCGUGGGGGCAGCGGCAGCCGUGCAGGGGACUGCAUUGUUGGCGGCAGCAGCAGUGCAGCAGUCAGCGGCAGGUGUAGCGGCCUCCGUGCAGCAGUCACCACUGCUGGGGGCUGCAGUGGGGGCGGCUGGAGCAGUGCAGAGCCAGGCAAUGGGUGCGGCAGCAGCGGUGCAGGGAGCUGCGGUGGCAGUGACGGGGGCGGCAGUUGGGCUGGGUGGCAAGGCACAGGAGCUCCAGCAUGUGGUGGCGGAGAGGGUCCCUGAGAUCGUGGCAGAUGCCAUUCCACAAGGGGUGGUUGAGCUCGUGGGGGGCGCAAGGGCGAAGCAGCAGGAGAAUGGUAGCAAGGGGCAAAAGGGGGGGGCGAAUGAGGGGCAGUUAGGCAAGGUGAUGCGUGGAAGCGAUGGGCAGUCAAGGAGUGGGCAAGGUGUGGAUGAUGUGGUUGAGGAGGAUGGGGCAGAGAGUGGUGAAGGGGAUGGCAUGAAAGCAGGGGGGGGGAAGAGAGCGGAAGAGGCAGGGGAGGACUGGCAGGCAGAUCAAGAGUGGGUGGAGGCGCAACCCAUGGAGAGUGGGGCGGAUGCCAUUGGCUCUUGUAGCGACAGUGGGGAAGGCGGUAACAGUAACGACGCUGGGGAAGCUGGAAUGGAGGCUAUGGUCCAGAGAGGUGAGUGCAACGAUGAGGGAAGUGGCGUGGAGAGAAGUAAGGUGGCGGAAGCAGUGGACAGCAACGAGGAUGGGAGCACUGCGGGGAGAGAGGGUAAAAAUGAGGAGCGGGCUGAAAAGCCAGAGAGUGCUCAUGAGAAGCGGCAGCAAGAGGAUUUUGCGCCACCCCUUUACCCCCCUGGUCGUCUGCUGAUGCUGUGCUGCGACCCCCCUGGUUGUGGCCAUCGCCCCACCACUCGCAAGGAAGUGCACCCGCAGAGGCAGUUUGGUGUGUUCCCCUCGCACGAGGAGGUGGCGGGAGGUGACAUGCGGUGGCAGGUGGUGGAGGUGCAGCAGGAGGCGGUGCGCGAGAUAGUGGUGUCGCCGUGGUGCAUCAGCGACCACAUGCCAGGCACCAUGGGCGAGGGGCUCAACUGGAUCAUGGCACAUGUGGGGGACGGCGAACGGGGCAGGGUGGAAGGCGGGAGGGACAAUGGUGAACGGGGGGUAAGGAAGCGGGAAGAGUAG